AAUGCAUUCAUGACAAUUGGCAAAUGUAAGUGUAGACAUUUAUUGGAGUGAAGCUCUAUAGAGCUCUAUAUAUAAUAUAUUGGAGUAGAAGAUAAAGGAAGAGGAGUGAGAGAAAGAGGAAGUAUGGCUUCUAAACCUGGAGUGCUCACUGACUGGCCAUGGAAACACCUUGGAAGCUUCAAGUACAUGGUAUUGGCACCGUGGGUGGUUCAUAGCAUAUACUCAUACAUGAUGAAGGAUGAGAAAGAGAGGGACUUAGGCAAUUUGCUGAUAUUCCCAUUUCUAAUGUCAAGAAUGCUUCACAACCAAAUCUGGAUCAGCUUCUCUCGCUACCGAACUGCCAAAGGCACCAACAGGAUUGUAGAUAAGACCAUUGAUUUUGAGCAAGUUGACAGAGAAAGCAACUGGGAUGACCAAAUCUUGUUCAAUGGGACACUAUUCUACGUAGGGAACAUGGCACUUAAGGGUGCUUCUCACCUACCUAUUUGGAGAACAGAUGGUGUAAUCAUAACAAUUUUGCUGCAUAUGGGACCAGUGGAGUUCCUCUACUACUGGCUCCACAGAGCUCUUCACCAUCAUUAUCUUUACUCUCGCUAUCAUUCCCACCAUCAUUCCUCCAUUGUCACUGAGCCCAUUUCAUCUGUGAUUCAUCCAUUUGGGGAGCACAUUGCAUACUUUAUGCUGUUUGCAAUACCAAUGCUGACUGCUGUGUUUACUGGGACUGCCUCAAUUGCAUCCUUAGCUGGCUAUGUUUUUUUCAUUGAUUUCAUGAACAACUUAGGUCACUGCAACUUCGAGCUCAUCCCCAAGAGACUCUUCUCCCUCUUCCCUCCCCUCAAAUAUCUUGUCUAUACUCCUUCGUUUCACUCUCUGCACCAUACUCAAUUUCGAACCAAUUACUCACUCUUCAUGCCCAUCUACGAUCACAUCUAUGAUACUUUGGACAAGUCUACGGACACCUUAUAUGAAACCUCACUCCGUCGACCCGAGGAAUUGCCUGAUGCAGUGCAUUUGACACAUUUGACAACGCCGGAGUCCAUCUACCACCUCCGGCUUGGGUUUGCCUCUCUUGCCUCUAGGCCUCAGGCCUCCAAAUGGUACUUGUGGGUAAUGUGGCCUGUGACAUUUUGGUCCAUGAUGGUUACACGGAUUUAUGGUAGAACCUUUGUGGUUGAGAGAAAUAUUUUUGGAAAUCUCAAAUUACAAACUUGGGCUAUACCUAAGUAUAACAUUCAGUACUUGAUGCAAUGGCAAAGAGAGUCAAUCAAUAGCUUAAUUGAGGAUGCUAUAAUGGAAGCUGAGGGAAGAGGCAUUAGAGUUUUGAGUCUAGGUCUCAUGAAUCAGGGGGAGGAACUAAAUAAGAAUGGAGAGCUUUAUAUAAGAAGGAACCCUCAGCUCAAAGUGAAGGUGGUGGAUGGGAGUAGCUUAGCAGUUGCUGUUGUUUUAAAUAGCAUUCCAAAAGGAACAACACAAGUCCUCCUCAGAGGCAUUUUAUCGAAAGUUUCUUAUUCUAUUGCCUUAGCUUUAUGCCAAAGAGGCAUCCAGGUGUCCACACUAUAUGAAGAUGAGUAUAACAAGCUUAAGUUAAUGCUUGGCACUGAGGCUUCAAAUAAUUUGGUCCUUGCCAAAACUUAUGCUCUCAAGACAUGGUUAGUGGGAGAAGGGUUGAGAGAAGGAGAACAAAUGAAGGCAUUAAAGGGAACAAUGUUCAUUCCAUUCUCACAAUUCCCUCCACAGAAAAUUCGCAGUGACUGCUUCUAUCACUACACACCCUCAUUGGCCACUCCCAAGUAUCUCCAAAAUGUUGACUCUUGCGAGAAUUGGUUGCCGAGAAGGGUGAUGAGUGCAUGGAGGAUUGCUGGGAUAAUACAUGCUUUGGAAGGUUGGAAUGUGAAUGAAUGUGGAAACUUCGUCUUCAACAUUGAUAAAGUUUGGGAGGCCACUAUUCGUCAUGGCUUUCAUCCUCUGAAGAUGUUGAAUCACUUCGACCCUUGAUUACAACUCUCUCUCUCUCUCUAUAUAUAUAUAUAUGCUAGGGGUAUGAAGCCAACCAAUGAGUGGGCUUAAAAUAUGAAUUUUAAUUUUAAAUUGGAAACAUAUCUUUUAUAUUGUUUAAGUGGUGAAAUUUUUAUUUAUGAAGUUAAUAACGGUCAUAAGUUCAAGUAUUGUACCCUUCUUGUAACUAUCGACUUAUUCACUUUUAAUAAUAAUAUAGAUAUAUAUGAAUUU